AUGUGGAAUGACCCCGCUGGACGCAAGGAGCUCCAGAAAAUGUUCCUGGAACACGGGAGCUUUGAAUGCAUGGAGUUGGCUCUCAAGAAGAAGCAGAUCAGGGAGGACAGCGAGCAAAAGGCUGGAGGAUGGUACACAAAGAACAAGCUCGAGCAAUGCGAGAAAUACACAAAGAGUAUGAUUGCCAAAGCGUGGGCGUGGGCGAAGUCGAAGAACCAGUGGCGUGUGAAUCCAAUUCAUGGGGAAGAAGAAAUUCGAAUCAUCGCGUCGGAGACCUUCUCAAUGAAUAAGAGCCAAAUUGAGGAACUAGAGCAAUCUGGCAAUAUUUCUGACCCAGAGGGCUCUCUUUUCAACUCCGAUCUGGUUGACUUUAAUGCCGCGCCUGGCACUGCGGUGGUGCCUGGCAUGGGAUCAGCAGCUCCCAUCACCUCUGGGCAAGCAGGGGAGCAGCUGGGGAACACUGCAAGUGUGAUGUCCUUCAAGUUUCCUUUCAACAACACAUUGAUGUAA